CAUUUUAAGACAAGCACGCGCUUCUAUUGCGAGUCGAAAACUUACUAGUAAUUUGUUAUUUUUGGCUAAGCAUAAUAAAGAUUCAGUUCCUUUGUUGGUAUAAAUUAACUUGUUUUAAUAAACCGAUACAAAAUGUGUGGUUCAGUCGCGUUUAGUACCUUUUGAAUCGCCGUUUGUCAGGUUUACCAUUAGCCACCGGGACAGAUUAACCAAUAAAUGUGUGCUGAUAUAGCUUGUCAAACUGCUUAUGACGUAAACCACACGAGAUGACGAAUCUGAGGGUAACACAGAUGGUCAGCGAGAAGUUAAUGUAGUAAUGAAGACACCAGCUGUGAAGGCCACACAGGGUUUAUCCCUGCUUGGAGCAUAUGAAGACAGUGAAGAAGAAGAUGCAGCUGAAAACACCUCGACUGCCACGAAGGCAAAGCAUAACCAGUCCGCAGACAUUGACAGCACACUUGCCAAUUUUAUGGCGGAAAUUGAUGCGAUUACGACCCAACCAACCCAGACAAGUGAAUCUGGGACAGAGCCGAGUGCACCAGCCCCAACUCCUCCUCGCCCCGAACCCAAAACAGACCAGCAGACUCCUGAUCAGAAUGGACCAGCACAAGAAUUUCAAUACAACACACAGUACUCUCUCGCAGGAGCUGGGUUAGAGAUGGGUGAUUGGCAGGAAGUGUGGGAUGAAAAUACUGGCUGUUACUACUACUGGAAUACUCAGACCAAUGAGGUGGCCUGGGAGCUCCCGCAUUACCUGGCAAACCAGAUGCAGAGUCUACAUUACACGGGCAGUUCGUCUGUAAAUGGCAAUGGUGUGGCACAUCAUAGUGGUUAUACUGAACAGCAGUCUGUUGCUGUUGCUCCUGCUCCUGCAUCUAAGAGAGAAACCAAAAAGAAGGAAGUAAUCGAGAGUGUUGUGGCUUUGACCAGCGAGGAAGAAGAGAGGCGAGGUGUGGCAGCUACUCUCCUUGCUCCUCUUAUCCCAGAGGAGGUAAAGGAGGCAGAGGAGAAGUGGAGAAAGAAGGUGCUGGCCAUAGAGGAGACCGUAGAGAUGGCCCAGGAGGUAGAAGGUGAAGGCACUCCAUCUUUGGACUCCCCAGCUCGCCGAGAUACGGACAGCCAGAGUAACCAGCGCAGCAGGAACCACUCCGCAGAAUCUUCUGACAGGGAGGAGGAGCCAGAAGAGGACACCAUGGAACUAGAACUAGCACUAGAGAGGAAAAAAGCUGAGCUUCGUGCCUUGGAGGAAGGGGAUGGCAGUGCCGGUGGUUCGAGCCCCUGUUCCGAAGCAAGUCAGGAUGGGCCUCGUAAUUUGCUUUUGAAGAAGAACAAAUGGAAGACGGCUUUCCUCCGUGCGCCAAGUCCUGAUUCGAGCAGCCGGGGCUCAGACAAGGCAGGAUGGGCCACUCCAGAGCACUCCGACAAUGCACAUUCCAAAACAGCUGAGAAGCAAGGAGAGGAAGAUGAAAAGGAGAAGCCUGUAUCCAAAGCUCUUCAAAAGGAAGAAGAGGACCUCAAGUUUCAGAUCGGAGAGCUUGCUAACACACUCACCAGCAAAAUGGAGUUUUUGGGAAUUGACAAGAAAGCCAUCUCAAACUUUCAACUGCUGCUGCUGCAAACGGAGACGCGGAUCGCAGACUGGCGAGAGGGUGCCCUGAACGGAAACUAUCUCCGGCGCAGGCUGCAGGAAGCUGCCGAGCACAUAAAACAUUACGAACUUAACGUCACUCCCAAAGGCUGGUCCUGCCACUGGGACAGAGAGCACAGACGGUACUUCUAUGUGAACGAGAGGACCAACGCUUCCCAGUGGGAGUUUCCAGUCGUGGAGGAGAACGAGGAAGCCAAGCCGCCCCUGCCGCCCACUUCUGGCCUCGGAGACACUAGUCAACCAUCUGCAGAAACCACUGGUGCUAUAACAGGUAUUUCGUUAGGAGAUGUGCAGUCUUAUUGGAUGGUUCCCCAGCCGCCUCCGCCACCAUUGCCUCCACUUCCUCCAGAGGAUCCACCCCCUCCACCUACAGAGCAACCACCGCCACCCCCGCCACCACCUGAAUCUCCUCCUCCACCCCCUCCACCACCCCUCGAGGAUGACGGAGAGAUUGAGGAAGUGGAGAUGGAGGAUGAGGAGUCAGAGCCUCCGGCUCCUGGAACAGAAGAGUUCAAGGCGGCUGAGGCAGCGGCAUCUUUGGGACUUGCAGCUAAAGCCCAGAAACGCAAGGCCCCAGGCUCAGUCCCGCUGCCCAAAACGGUCACCAUCGGCAGCAGCCCCAUUCUUUACACUCAACCCAUUGUCACAGCUGCCCCACUUCUAGUUGGAAAUGCUUACUGGGGGAUGACAACUGCAGUUGCACCUCCGCUGCCUACAGAGAGCAUAGUCCCACCAAUGCCAGCCCUGCCGCCCCAACCACCCCCUCCUGCUCCACAGCCUCCCAGCGCCCUGGAACCAAUGAGCAAAGCACUCACAGACAAAACAAAGAAACAAAAAAAAGAGAAGACAAAGAAGAGCAAGACAAAGAUGCCAUCCCUGGUAAAGAAGUGGCAGAGCAUUCAGAAAGAGCUAGAUGAAGAGGAGAAGUCGAGCUCCAGUGAUGAAGAUGGAGAACAGCUCAACAGCAGACGCAUUGAGGAAUGGAAACAACAACAGCUUGCAUCAGGGAAGGCUGGGAAGAAUGCUAACUUUGAAGCACUUCCUGAAGACUGGAGGGAAAGACUGUUAAAGAAAAGAAAGAUGAUGCAGAGUUCAUAACAUCAGUCUUGAAAACACUAAACAAAGAGCCUCUGGAAGAGGUGGACAGAACUGUGCUAUUGUGUUGUGUCCCACUUGCUAAGCUUCAGUGGAUUUAGUCAGGCAAACUUGAACGAAUGUUUCUUUUUUAUAUAAGCGCACAUUCUACUCUGUGCUGUUAAAUUCAAAUGCAUCAUCUUGUGUCUAAUGGUAUACUUUGUUAUGGGCUGAUGUGAAAAAAACAAAAUAAAACAGCCUCUAAUGUCCGCAAGUUAUUUUAAAGAUGCAGUGAACCUGAAACAAGGUUAAACAUGUACAGAAAUUUUUGUUCUACUUUUUUAUUACGUCAACCAUGAAAUCUGUGCACGAUUUAUCUGUAAAUUAAAAUGUUUAUUAAAAUUUAAUAAUCAAUAUUAAA